AUGCUGCCCUGCGCGAAGACAAAUCGGAAGAAAGACGUGGUGUGGCGAAGAGGUGCUCUUCUGGAAAUGCCAAAGGUGCCAAUAAGCUUUUUUAGAAAGGAGCGCUCGGAGAGUGUAACAUCUCUCGUCUCUAUGGUGUUCUUCCACCCGCCACCCAUCUCAGCCGAAUCGCACAUGCGAGUCUUUCCCUCCGUUUUAUUCCUUCUACCUUUAUGUGUGUUAUGUGUUGCUGACCCUUCGCCUCCAACGGGUUCUUUUGGCCUAUUCUCCCUUCGUGUUUUCCCUCUCGUCCCCCCUUGUUAUUAUUGUGCUUGCCUUUCCAAGUGCAAGAAGGUCUCUGAGAAGAGUCGGCUGCUGCUCUUGCGCUUUUACUUUUUCCCCUUUUUGCGCACAGCUGUGUGUGUGUGUGUGUGGAUUUGCGUUGCCCGGCCAGCGAAGGGAGUGGCGCACUCGAAAGCAAGGAAGACGCUGAAAGGAAAAAAAGAAAUAUGUGAGGAAGUUGAAUCAAUAAACUUCUUCUUCUUCUAUAAGCUGGCGCUCCCGUAUAACAUCGCGCAUUCGAUGCUCGCUGCGUGUGAGAGAGCGCGACUAAGGCACCUCGAUCUUUCUUCUCCCCACCGUCUUUUUUUGUAUUUGUUUAUUAUCAGUAUUUUUGAAACAUGUAUUGAGCGCAUUUAUAUGAAAGAAACGCGAUACUUAUGA